CGCUGGUCUAAUUAUGCACAUUGGACUAUAUAUGAAGGAACUGAUGUUGGCGACGGUUGAUAAUCCGUCUAAUGCGGCGGAGUGGGCCAUGGCGGAGAUGAUCAACGAGCCAAGCAUCAUGCAAAAGGCAGUGGAGGAGAUCGAUACGGUAGUUGGAAAAGACCGUCUUGUCCUUGAGUCAGACCUCCCAAAUCUCAACUACGUGAAGGCUUGUGUGAAAGAGGCAUUCCGGUUACACCCCGUGGCGCCGUUCAACCUCCCUCACAUGUCCACUGCCAACGCUGUGGUGGACGGGUACUUCAUCCCCAAAGGAAGCCACGUGUUGAUUAGUCGUAUGGGGAUCGGAAGAAACCCUAGCGUAUGGGACAAGCCGCUUAAGUUCGACCCUGAGAGACAUUUGGGCAAUAACAUAUGCGUGGAGCUAUACGAUCCAGAUCUCAAUAUAAUAUCGUUCAGUGCAGGACGAAGAGGGUGUAUGGGUGUGGACAUUGGGUCGGCCAUGACGUACAUGUUGCUGGCUCGGUUGAUUCAAGGGUUCACGUGGUCACCAGUGUCUGGUGAGAAUAAGGUUGAUCUUUCGGAAAGCAAGAGUGACCUUUUUAUGGCAAAACCCUUACACGCGGUUGCAACACCCCGUCUAGCUGCACAUGUUUAUCCAGCUUAAUUAUAAGAGGAUAAAGAUUGAUAGAACAAAACUUAGUGUUACUGUCUUUUUUUUUGGUGAA